AACAGAUUCAUAAAUGCAUAAUUAUGACAACAUUUCAAAACGCCUACAUAAAACUGACGUUUUAGUUCAGAUUUUUUUUUUUGUACAAAAUGUUCAAAAUGCUAUGUUAUGAAUGCAACGGAAAUGAAAUUACAGGCUGAAUAUGACAACUGAUUUAGACAAACGGAAUACUUGCAGCUCACGCCAUAUUAAGACAGAAUCAAAUGAAUGUCAGCUACAGUGACUAUAAACACUUUAUAGACAUAACCAACUAGGACAUCAUGACCAAAGAAAUGGUUCAAGACAAAGAAAACCAGAGGAGUUGUUUUAGUAAAGCAGUGGAGACAGGAUUUCUUGUACUUACUUGGCUGGCUUUAUCGACGUACGUGGAAAUAUAUGGACCGACCUUGAUAGAUCUGAAGAUCAAACUUGACACCGAUUACGAACAAGUGGCUGUGGCAGUUUCUGGAAGGAGCGUAGGCUGGUUCCCCGGAAGUAUUGUUGCCGGGUUUCUUGUGGACAAAUUCAGUGGAUACAGUCACCUGUUGAUUGCUAUUGGCCUCGACAUUGCUGCAGCAGUGACAGUGGCUAUUCCAUGGUCUCCGAAUGUGACAUGCAUGUGGGUCUUAUGCUUCGUUGGAGGAUUUGUAGAGUCUUUCCUUAACAUUGGUGGCACUCGAAUCCUGUUUAACAUAUGGCGAGAGAAGUCUGCCUCUUUCCUGAUGCUAAUUCAUCUUGGCUACGGAAUUGGCUCUUUCGUUGUACCACUGUAUUCGAAUCCUUUCCUAGCUGACAAAGUCUCCCAGCCAUCGGAUGGAAACACAACACUGGAUAACAAUACUACAACAGAAAGCGCCAUAGCUGCCACCACGGAAAGUAAUUUGUCGGAAAAAAAUGACACUUUGCAGAAGGGUGACUCAAGGAUCGAAUAUGCGUACGCCAUUUCUGCUUUAAUAGUUGCUUUAGUAUCGAUCGCAUUUUACUUCUACCAAAUUCGAGAGUCGAGAAACAUGAAGAAGGAGUUCAAAGAUAUUAAACCAGACACAAAAAUUAAAGACAAAAAUGACAAAAGAAAAAAACGGUCAUUCAAAGAGAUGAUUAACCCAGCUACCUGUGCAAAGGGUAGAUUUUGGUACGGAUCUUCAAUUUUGUUCCUUUUGGUCUUUUAUUUCGGAAAUAUUGCCGGGGGAGACAGAAUGAUUGGCAACUUCAUACGUAGCUACGCCAUUGAUCAGUUAGGAUUUAGCAAAGACUCUGCAUCAGUUUUAAAUACUGCGUACUGGAUCACUUUUUCAGCCGGUAGACUCAUUUUUAUAUUUCUUGCGCGUUGUAUAUCCAUCAGAAUUCUUAUACUUGUAGAAGCCGGGGGCAUGGCUUUAUCAUCUCUUUUGUUAAUGAUAUUUGCCGAUGAAAGUUCCCUAUCACUUUGGAUAAUAAUACAGUUCUUUUCCUUCUUUUGCGCCGCCAUUUGGCCCACUGGUAUUGCAUGGACAGAUUACCACAUUGAACUCACAGGUCUUGGUAUGUCGUUGCAAACACUUGGUGCGUCAGUUGGAGGGGUCUGUCAUAUGAGGUUAAUCGGAUUCUUAUAUGAACACUAUGGACCGAAAACGUUCUUAUAUCAAACCCUUGGUUAUGGAGCUUUGCAGUUUGUUUUAGCUUCGUGUUUAGAUAUUGUAGGGGCACAACAUGGGAAUCGUUUCGAUCCAGAUGACGAUAAUACGGUUGAGAUCGAAUUGGCAGCAACAGAAAACUCUACUGAUACAAUUAAAAAAUCUUAAAGUAAACUAGAUCAGUCCGAACUAUUGCAGUAACGUAUCUACGAUAAAGUUUACCAAAAUUGAAGUAUCUCUCGUUUUGUGAGCAGUAAUAAUUCCAAAAUACACCCGGAUUUCCUAAAAGGGUGUGAUCUGACAUCUUUUGUAACUUUCAAGCAAUGCAUAUGUCUUGAAUACAUGUACUCGUAUUCCUAAAUAUAAAACAGAAAGUAUA